AUGUGCAUGGGCUACGGGGGUUGCGCAGCACGGAAGAAAAUGCAGGCUAUCAUAAUUGGGGUAAAGAAAGGUGGCACGAGAGCCUUGCUGCAGAUGCUCUCUCUCCAUCCACAUAUCCAAAACGCCGGCAAUGAAAUUCAUUUCUUUGAUCGAAACGAAAAUUACCACAAGGGUCUCAAAUGGUAUCGAAAAAGGAUGCCGCUUUCCUUCCCUGGGCAGAUCACCAUUGAGAAGACUCCAGGAUAUUUUGUCACUCCUGAAGUACCUGAACGUGUUAGAGCUAUGAAUGCUAGUAUUAAAUUACUAUUAAUUGUUAGAGAGCCAGUCACAAGAGCAAUAUCAGAAUACACCCAACACUUAGCCAAGGCAACACUACCCCAGGUGAAAAGUACGAAAACCGGUGGUGUUGCUCCAUCACUACAGGAAUAUCAAACUUUCGAGGAACUGGCUCUUUUCCCCAAUGGAUCCAUCAAUGAAUCGUAUCGCCCAUUGGUUAUAUCCAUGUACGAUUUGCACAUGCACCGAUGGCUGGAGGUAUUUCCACGUGAGCAGAUGCUGAUUGUGAAUGGUGAUCAAUUGAUUGACGAUCCACUGCCGCAGUUAACAAAGAUCGAGACCUUCCUUGGUAUUCAGCAUCGAAUAGAGAGAAAAAAUUUCUACUUCAACACCACCAAGGGGUUCUUCUGUUUGCGCAAUGAUGCCAGAGAUAAGUGUUUAAGGGAAUCAAAAGGACGAAAGCAUCCGCAUGUGGAUCAAGCUGUUGUAAGCAAAUUGCGGCGUUUCUUUUCGGAUCAUAAUCAAAAGUUCUACGAGUUGAUUGGUGAAGACUUGGGGUGGCCUGAAGAGUAGAUGGAUUGCAAUAAUUCACGACCAACAAAACUUAAAUCUAUUUUCUUCAUUUUUAAAUGCCAUAAAUAAAAAAAAGCUGUGUCUGAAAUAAACACAAACUUGCAUGUGAACGAUGUGAACAUCCUUAUCCACUAUGCAAUGCAUGAGAUUUCAAGUCGUGAGGCAUAUGGCUUAUUAUCUCUCAUUAUUUUAUUUUAUUAGGUAUAAAGUUCAUUAUGUGUGUUUUUUUUACAUAUAAAAAAAACUUUUUUCUUUAAACUUGAUAUUGUGCAAGCUUUUUUUUCAUUCAAGUCAACACUGCUGAAAAAUUAAUUACACAUUUACAAAGAUUUUCUAAAGAAAAUUAGAAAAUGUCUUGGCACAAAAAUCUUUUGAUUUUUAGAAUAUCUAAAGUGAAAUUUGGUGUGUUUUUGUUCAUUAUUACUCUACUCUUAUUGACUUUGUGGAUUUGGAAUAAUCCCAACAUUAUACAUCAGAGUGCAUCUAUGGGAUCAUUGGUUGGGAAAAGAGAACAACGCCUCCCCAAAGCCAUUAUAAUUGGAGUUAAGAAGUGUGGCACAUACGCAUUGCGGGAGAUGCUGAAUCUGCAUCCUAUGAUUGAGAUUGCCGACAGAGAAUUACGUUUCUUUAUUUACAAUGAAUUCUAUGCAAAAGGACUUCAGUACUACCGCGAGCAGAUGCCCUUCUCCUACGCUGACCAGAUAACAAUUGAAAAAACUCCACGUUAUUUCCUUGUAUCUAAAACACCUCAGAGGAUUAAAGCCAUGGAUCCUGACAUAAAAUUAAUACUACUUGUUAGGGAUCCGGUUACAAGGGCAAUAUCCGAAUAUGUACACCGGAGAAAUAGUAAAGAAAAAAGGCUUAAAAACAAUAUUAAUUUCUACCUUGAAGAAUGGGACAGAACUUUCGAAGAAUUGGCCUUCUUCCCCAAUGGAUCAAUUAAUGAGUCAUACGAACCGAUACGAGUCUCCCAAUACCAUCGUUUUCUGCCUCCAUGGCUUGAGGAAUUUCCACGAGAACAACUAAUAGUUGUUAAUGGGGAUGAACUUAUUAAGGAUCCUGUGUCGCAACUCUCAAACAUUGAAACUUUUCUGGGUCUUGAGCAUAAAAUUACAAAGGAUGAUUUUUACUUUAGCACCGAUAAAGGGUUCUACUGUCUACGUAAAGAAACAGGUGAUGAAUGCUUGAAUAAGAAAAAAGGACGCAAACAUCCAGACAUAGAUCCAGCCAAUAUCAGUAAACUACGACGUUUCUUUGCUGAUCACAAUAAAGAGUUCUAUGAAUUAAUAUCUGAAAACUUUGGAUGGCCAGAAGAAUAGAUAACUGAAUAAAAUAAAUUCUAAGAUUAAAAAAAAAA